CGUUACCAGCCUACCACAAUAACUCCGAACUCCCGCCUAGCCGACGCUGACCCUCGUGUCAAGAAGGGCCAAACCGACUGGGCCGGUUGAGCAGGAAAAAAAUUCCCUGACACUACAGUAGGGUUAGGGUUUUCAAAGCAUCCGGAUCGAGCCCGGAACCUCACACAUACUCCAUCCACUAUCGCACCCAUGAAAGGGAUGUACUCGAGCACUCGAGUAGCGGUAUAGUACGAUACGAGUAUCUGUGGGGUUCAUCACUGCACGCAGCACCCCGAAAGAACUAAAGUUACCACAGCCCAGCUCACCGCUCCUGGUACGAUCUUGUCCGGAUACUGGCGGCAUCCCCACCAGGAACGGCACGAUCUCCAGUAUCAAUUGAACUGUACCAGGGAUAAACUAGCCCGCUCAAGCCCGUCCACGUGUCUUGUCUCACCCAUGCGGAGGCCCCACCCUCAAUGCAAUGGACGGGGGCUCCGCGGUGCUUCUGCUGCUCAAGUGUCAUAGUCUAAAAUAUUCCUCAUCGGACCCUUCCUCUUGCCCCGUCACUCACCCCUCCAUAAAGAAGAUUAUUUGAGGCAAUUGCGCAGAUUUGGUAGUCGCGAUGAGGUCCACAACGCUUCUUGGGCUCGGGGCCGGUUUGGCGGGGAUGGCGGGAGCCAGGUCUGGGAUCAUGGAGAUUCUGGAUGGGUGGAAGGAUAGCCCGUAUGCGAGGUACCCGACGGAUUUCACCAGGGGUAUUACUCCGGUAUGUUUUCUCUUUCUUCUCAGGCUACUGAUAGUGGGAUUGGUUGACCUAUGGGAGGGGGUUGUGAGUGUAGAAAGGAAUACAUUCGCAUAAUGAUUAUUGGAGGGAUGUUCCAUUGUACUCUGGUAAGUGCAUACCCUCUCACCGGUAAGAAGAGGGAGAACUCGCCGGACUGACCAAGGCGAACAGCAAUUGCCAAUGGGGCGAUAUCAGUGGAGGCAGAUGUCUGGCUGUUUAACGAAACAUUGUACGUAAGUAUUUAAACUUAAUUCCCCUCUCAAGAUAUAGCUCUAACCGGAAACCCAAGAUUGGCCACGACACCUCCUCCCUAACUGAAAAUCGCACCUUCGAAAACCUGUACAUAAACCCUCUUGUUGAUAUCCUCACAAAGCAAAAUCCGACCUCGUGCUUCGCGCACACUAAAACGCGGAAGUAAGUCCCUCUUCCCCCCCUACCCCCCUAACUCUUCGUGGACAUCCCCUAACGCAGCACAACCAGCGGCGUCUUCGACACCUCAAUCAGCCAAACCCUAUUCCUCUUCGUCGACCUCAAAACCUCGGGCAAGGAAACCUGGCCCGCAGUCGUUAAAGCUCUAGCCCCACUUCGGGCUUUAGACUACCUGGCCUCCAUACAAGACGACGUCCUGAUUCCCGGCCCAGUGACGGUGAUAGGAACCGGAUCCACCCCCCUAGACGCUAUCCGCCCGUUGUCCACGAGGGACUACUUCUUCGAUGGCGUGCUACGGACACUCGAUUCACAGAACAUCACGAAGGUGAUUUCACCAGUCGCGAGUGCGCAGCUAUCUUCCACAGUCGGGAAAGUGGGGCAUGAGGGGUUGAAUGCGACGCAAAGGGGAAUGGUCAAGAGGCAGGUAGAGGAGGCGCAUAAGAAGGGGAUUUUUGUCAGGUAUUGGGAUUUACCAGGAUGGCCGGUGAGCCUUAGAAAUAGGGUUUGGAGGGACCUGGUGGGUGCUGGCGUGGAUUUGUUGAAUGUGGAUGAUUUAGAGGCGGGGGCUGGUGUCGCCGUCUCGGUGGAGUGGUAG